GUUCAAACGCACCAGGAAGCUGUUCAUAAUUACAGUCGCCAUCUUUGAUUGGGUCAACGCAGCUGGUGGUCAGUCAGCUUAUUCCUGAAGUUCCCCAACAUGUGGUGUGUUCAUCAUUCAGAGCCUUUCUGAGCUGUGUUUCCACCACAGAAUGAAAACACACGAAGGUUUAUGGUUUGAGGGGUAAGGUAUGUGGAAACAUUUGAGAGAGGGUCACAUUAAUGAGUCCUGUGCGGAUGUAAGCGGCUGAAUAUGACACCAAGAGUCACAGGUAACAGACCAGGAUCCCGGUGACAGCCCUCCAUUUAUCUCUCCCUCCAGUCCAUCUCGACGGUGUGAGUGCACCGGGGGCUCCCUGGCUGAGGGGCUGGAGAGCUGAUGAUGGAUCUAAAAGAGAGCUGUGGCAGUCAGGGGAGCCAAGAGAGCUCCAGCCUGCACCCAACCUCCUGGCAGGCCUUCGCUCACACCAGCACGCUGCACGGCCUGCGCUUCAUCUUCCCCUAUGGUCAGUUCGGUGCACGCCGCUUGCUCUGGGCUCUGGCUCUGCUGGCCUGCAUGGGACUGCUAGCUCUGGAGAGUGCCGAGCGUCUGGCCUACUUCCUCUCCUACCCUCACGUGACCAGUUUGGAUGCCGUGGUUUCCAGCAGCCUCGUGUUCCCCGCUGUAACCAUAUGUAACCUCAACACUUACCGCUUCAGCCGCCUCACACGCAAUGACUUGUACCACGCUGGAGAGCUGCUGGCCCUCCUGGAUGUGCACCUUAAUAUCCCUCAGCCACACCUGGCCGAGCCUGACGUGCUCGCUUUCCUGGAGGAAAAAUCCAACUUCACCGCAUACAAGCCCAAGGCGUUCAGCAUGAAGGAGUUCAUGGAGAGAGUUGGCCACGACCUCCAAGAGAUGAUGCUCUACUGCCGCUACCAAGGCCAGGAGUGCAGCCACAGCGACUUCAAAACCGUGUUCACCAGGUACGGGAAGUGCUACAUGUUCAACGCUGCAGAGGAAGGGAAGACGCUCCGCACCACCAUGAAGGGAGGGACAGGGAACGGUCUGGAGAUCAUGCUGGAUAUCCAACAAGACGAGUACCUGCCGGUGUGGGGGGACACAGAGGACACGGCCUUCGAGGCAGGCAUUCGGGUGCAGAUUCACAGCCAGGCGGAACCCCCCUUUGUUCACGAGCUGGGCUUCGGCGUGGCCCCCGGCUUCCAGACUUUUGUGGCCACACAAGAGCAGAGGCUGACCUACCUGCCUCCUCCGUGGGGGGAGUGUGAGUGGAGGGCUCUGGAGUCGGGGUUUUUCCAGGUCUACAGUGUAACCGCCUGCAGGAUCGACUGUGAAACUCGUUACAUCGUGGAGAACUGCAACUGCAGGAUGGUGCACAUGCCCGGUGAUGCUUCUUACUGCACACCUGAGCAGUAUAAAGACUGUGCUGAGCCUGCCCUUGCUAAACUGUCUGCUGUGGAGAGCAGCAACUGCAUGUGCAGGACGCCGUGCAACAUGACCCGCUACAACAAAGAGCUGUCCAUGGUCAAGAUCCCGAGCAAGACCUCGGCCCGCUACCUGCAGAAGAAGUUCAACAAGUCGGAGAAAUACAUCACAGACAACAUCUUAGUGCUGGACGUCUUUUUUGAGGCUUUGAACUACGAGACCAUCGAGCAGAAGAAAGCGUACGAGGUGGCAGGACUGCUGGGUGAUAUUGGGGGUCAGAUGGGCCUGUUCAUUGGAGCCAGCAUCCUCACCAUCCUGGAGCUGUUUGACUAUGCUUACGAGGUGGUGAAAGACAGACUACUGGAUUUACUGAGCAGAGAGGAUGAGGAUGAGAGUCAUGGAGAGGACGUGAGUUCCUGUGACCCAGUGGCAAACCACUCGGAGACCAUCAGCCACACUGUGACAGUCCCCCUGCAGACAACACUGGGCACCCUGGAGGAGAUUGCCUGCUGAGCCCCUCCCCUGUUCCCAUCAAAGCCACGAACGUCCAGAGGCGUCCUCCACUGGGUGGCGCUACAUCCUCUGUUAGGGCCUCCUGCAGGACCUUAACAGAGGAGAGGAGGAGACAAGGACAAGAACUAGGGCUGGUCUAAAGACAGCGCUGCGCUCUGUCACACCGCCCUGUUCGAGGCACUAAUGGGGAUUAAGGAGCUGUCGGCCAGACUUAUCGGCCCUCUCUGUCACCCUGCACUGUACUGUAGUGGAAGGGUGGCCUCCGCUGUGCCAGACCUGCAGUGAGGUCUGCCUCGCAGAAAGAAAAACCAGAGACUGGGUGGGGCUCGCCCUUGCGCAAAAUUCCUAUGUAACAAACACAUUCUUAUUUCGGUCACUGCCAAAUGAACUGUACAAAACUGCUUCUGAACUCCAAACUGCAUGUGUCAAUCUAUCUUGCUCUAUUUGCCGAUGCAUACGCUGAACUGCAGUGUUGCUUUACUGUACAUGUGUGCCAUUUGUCUGUCUACCUGCAAGACAGGCCUGUGACACAGGCCCAGGUGAGAUAUUGAACUUUGAAUGUACAGAUUGUACAAAUGGUUGUUUAAAAUCAUUGUUCACGAUGCCCAAUUUUUAAACAACUCCUCCAGUGAGGGAUUUAUCAUUUCAUAGUUACAGUACAUAUCUUCAAAGGGAGGAGGUCAGUGAUGGAUGAGCAUCACAGAGGGGGGAAAAAAAACACUAGAACAUUUUUGCUUUGUUUACUGAAAAUUGAGCCAAAUAUGAACAUUUUACAGUCCCUCUUUUUGCAUAUUUUUUCACCUGUCAGAUGCAGUUGAAUCGUUUUAUUGAAAGGCAUGUGGUGCUACAUGUCUCCUGGGUUUGCCAAGCUAUUCUCCAGAGACAUCUUUAAAAGGGAUGUCUCACUCUAACUGUAAAUACAUGACUGGAUUCUGGAUGCCACACCUCAAACACAGCACCCAGCGAGGUAGAAGCUCAUUUUAUUUGCCUGCCAAACAGUAAGCCGUGUACAAAGCGCUGCAGCAAAUGAAUAUGCCCCUGGUGUUGUUAAACCAUUGCUUCAUUACAUUAUAAGAAUGUCAGGGUGAUAUUUCAGACAGCCAUUCCAUCGAGGAUGGAAUCAUUUUGUCCUGCAACAAAAAAUCCCCAGCCUUGACAAUUUGAACAAGUUUCAAGAUCAUUAGGAUGAUUACAAAAGCUCCCACUGAAGGUUCAGGCAGUGUUUAUUUCAAGGAUACAGGGUCUGCUGUGUUAUGGUGUAAAUAUCUGUGUUUUUUUUUCCUCAUAAAAAAACGGGUACCACACAGACAUGCCUGAGGCAGAGCUUAUUUAAUAGAACUGCAGUGAAACAAGCACUCCAGGGCCAGAAGCAUCUACAAAUUUAUCACAUUUCUGUGAUAUGACUCAAUCUGCAGCUCUCAGUAGGUGAGAAUGUUGUGUAACAUGCAGUAGCAUAUCGAGGUUAGAUGAAUGUCAUGCUAAAAAAAAAAAAAAA